UAAAUAAUUUAUUUCUUUGCCUACAAGUACAUAGAGACAUGAAAUUAUGGUAACAUUUUAGUUUCGGUCAUCCCUGUUGUUAGAUAUCCAGACUAACCGAACCCAACGUAACCUAACCGAUUCUUCAGAUGACCGAAACUAAAAUAAUACCGAAAUUAAUGCCAUGUGAUCAGUGUUUAUAGUGUUUUUACCCCGCUAUUUCCCUCUACUUUCAUGCCCUGCCCACUAACAAGUAAUUUAUGGUCAAAGGAUAGGCUAAAAAGAAGAAAAAAUACUACAAUAUACUGUCAUUUCAUUUUUAUUACUCGGUAUCAUCCAAAUAACAAUUGUGAAAAAUAUGAACGAGAUAUAUAAACGUGUUCAGGUGCUAACCGUUUGUUCCAUCUUCGCCACAUUCAGUUGCUUAGCAUGAAGAUCACUCGCUGGGAAGUGUGUCAACAAAUUAACCAUAAAGAUGUUGCAGUCCAGGUUAGAUACAAGAUUCAAGAGUGGAAGGAUUGUACCUUUGAAUUACAUAUGUCAUUUCCUGAGCCAUAAUGUAGAUGGACAUUGAAGUCUCUUGAUACAAACAAAACAUUUGUAAGAUGGAUGAGGAAGAAAUUCAUGAUGGUGAGGACUGUUUGUCAUCGGCAGACCAGCCACUGGACUUAUCACAGAGCAGUGAAAUGAUGUCACUUCCAUCAGGGUUUAAACUUGCUGACAUAAGUAUAACUUCUGAUAUCACAGAUUCUGAAAUUGAGAAUGAAGACACAGUUCUUGGUUCAAAUAUUUGUAAAGGAUUUAAAAAAGAUAUGCUGUGUAAUACACAAGUAGAUACACUUGCAGCAACGGGAAGUGUGAGUGUACAUUUCAGUACUCCAACUGUUCCCUCUGGAUCUGUUGGUUUACUUAGAAAUUCUGAUGAAGGAAAAUUAAAGUUUGAAAGUAGUAGCAAUGAACAAUCACAUGCUGAUGAACUAUCAACUGGAACAGCAAUUAUUACAUCUUGCCACAUUAACUCUACAGUGUCUGUUGCUUCAAAUGGAGAGGUUCCUGCUGUGACCAGUCUAUCCCUUGAUGAUGUAAAGUUUGCCUUGCAGGAAAACUGUGACCUAUUGAGUGACAGACACUUACUAAAUGAGUUACUGAAGUCUAUAGAUGAAAAACUUGGUGAAGAUUCUGCAGCAGAUUGUACCUCUCAUAUCGACUCUCUGAGGUAUUCAAAGUCUUUAGUACCUCCUAACAGAGACCCAGGUCCCAGCCUUGGUUGGAAAUCGUCUGAUAGUACAAACAUUGGUAUUGGGAGCCAAAAUGUUGCAUCUGGUGGUUCAAAUGUUCAUUCAACCAGUGAUCCUUUGUUUCCCCAGAAACACCAAAUAUCAUCAAAGACUAUUACACCGUUUUCAUCUGUCUCUUGUAUUGCCCCUAGUCAGAGAUGUAUCUCAAAUGACAUUUUUAGUUUAGGAACACAUAACUCAGUUAUAUCUCAAGAAGAAGCUGGUAUUCAGAAUGGCCAUAGUAACCUGAAGGAAAUACAGCAGGAGUUGAAUAAUGGUGUAUUUGCCUCAAACUUGUUGAAAAGACUGGGUGCCACAGAUCUCCAGGAAGAAUCAGUCAGUGAUAAAAAUACAGAAAGACACGUCAAAUUUCAACAACCACCAGAGAAAGAAUUGACUCCCAGAUCUUUGGCCAGGAAUGGAAAACAUGCACUAUGUCAGCAACAUGAUGUGAACAUAGUUGAGGAUAUAACAAGCACAACACAGGCUCAACAAAUCUUGAUGUAA